AUGGCUGCCACCCACCCUUUCCGUGACGAGCUCAUUGCCACUGCCUCGACGAUCGGCACGCCCGGCAAGGGCAUUCUCGCUGCUGACGAGUCGACCGGGACCAUCGGCAAGCGGUUUGCCAACAUCAACGUGGAGAACAAUGCCGAGAACCGGCGUGCGUACCGCGAGCUCCUUGUGACGACCGAGGGUCUGGAGGAGCACAUCUCGGGUGUGAUCCUGUUUGACGAGACUGCGCGCGACACCGUGUCUGACGGGCGGACGAUGAUCGAGUGCCUGACGUCGCGCGGCAUUGUGGCGGGGAUCAAGGUGGACAAGGGCCCGCGCAACGUGUUCUCGGGCAUCGAGGGCGAGACUGUGACCCAGGGUCUGGAUAACCUUGACGUCCGGGCAGCCGAGUACUACGCGAUGGGCUGCCGGUUCGCCAAGUGGCGGGCGGUGCUGAAGAUCGACGUUGCGUCGGGCGCGCCGUCUGCACUUGCGAUCCACGAGAACGCGGUGACGCUUGCGCGGUACGCGCAGAUCUGCCAGCAGAACGGUCUGGCGCCGAUUGUCGAGCCUGAGAUCCUCAUGGACGGGACGCACGACCUGGCGACGGCUGUGGCGGUCAACGUCAAGGUGCAGGCUGCGGUCAUCGAGGCGCUCCAUGAGCACAACGUGCUGCUCGAGGGCUGCAUCCUCAAGCCGAACAUGGUGGUGCCCGGCCAGGACUGCCCGACUCGCGCGUCGCCGCAGGACAUUGCCAAGGCCACGAUCACCACGCUCCGCCGCACCAUCCCGCCGGCGCUGCCGUCGAUCAACUUUCUCUCGGGCGGCCUCUCGGAGGAGCAGGCUACCGUCUACCUCAACGAGAUGAACAAGCUGCCCGGCCGCCCGUGGACCGUUGCCUUUUCGUACGGCCGCGCUCUGCAGAAGUCGGUCCUCGAGGCCUGGUCCGGCUCGGCCGACAACGUGCCGGCCGCGCAGGCUGCGCUCCUCGAGCGCGCCAAGGCCAACGGCCUCGCCACCCUCGGCCAGUACGAGUCUGAUGGGACCGUUGCCGAGGACUCGUCGCUCUUCGAGUCGAACUACGUGUACUGA